AUGCAACUGAGCGCAGACAUAUCUGGUGUUUGCAGAUACAACGAGACUGGUAGCAUUCGUCCGGGAGUGAUCGGGGGAUCGAAGCCAAAAGUGGCGACUCCCCAAGUGGUGGAAGCCAUUCACCGAUAUAAGUCUGAGACACCCACCAUGUUCGCUUGGGAGAUCAGGGAUCGUCUGGAGAAAGACGGCAUCUGCACCCAGGAAACUCUACCAUCUGUGUCUUCAAUAAACAGAAUUGUCAGGAACAAAGCACUGCCAUAUUGGCAGCUCCACAAAAAUAGCCAAAGAGAUGUAUAA